GAUGAGCAGCGUGGAGCAACUCCUUCGUCCUCCAACACCUGCUGUGAGUUUGUCUAGUAGGUAGUGUAUGUUGUGAUCACCAUGUCAGCAUCAGCAUCAGUUGCUGUCAAGACGGAGGAGGGCGUGGCGGCUACGGGUCCUCGAGAGUAUGAGUUUUACAAACUCCCUCCUGGAAGAGCCAACAAAUUCCAGUAUCCUCCCAGUUGUCCAGUCCACUUUCGAGGCAGUGAUGGCACCAUGAGAAACGGUGUUGUCCUGGAGGUUGGGCUUCGUGAUGUUGGAGAACCAACGCAAAAGUACAAACUUACUACUAGUAGUGAAGAUGAGAUGAUCGUGGAAGAAGGAGGGAUUGUCUUUGGCAAUGGAUGCCCCGUGUGGUGGACGUACACCACCAACCCUCCACACCAAAAGCCCGGAUGGAUUCACUCUUGUACACUUCGGAAUCACGGUGAAAAGUUUUAUACCAUUCGGCUCACACCAGAAGAAGAUAGUCCGAUCACCAUUCCCUUUAUUCCAGAAAACAGCCUCAAAUUCAACUUUACCGCUGCCAAAACAGACGCUCCACAGGCAAGCUCCUCCAAUCAGCAGCAGCAGCCAUCCAGGCCAGAGCCUAGUAGAAAGCCGCCUCCACAAAAAUCCAAAACAGGAAAGCAACAUACCAAAAAAACCUCUGGUCCUGCCACUUCCAAAAGGGCUCCCACCGUCAGUGCAAGUGUUCGGGAUUCAGACACUUCUUCCUCCGAGCAGGCAUCAUCCAAGCCAGAUGCUAUCAGAAAGCCCUCUGCAAAAUCCAAGGAAGCAAAGCGGCAGGCUUCGAAAAAGUCUCCCACCGCCAAUGCUAAGGAUCCGACCCGCCCAAAGGACAAGAAAUCAUCACAGCAGCAGCAGAGUCAAGCAGCCAAAAAGCAGCCUGCAACCGACAAGCAAACAAAGAAAAAAGGGAAGCAACCAAAUCAACCAGACAAACAACAACGGGCUAGUAGCACAUGCACAACUGAAGCGUCCUUUCAUGUACCCCGACGACCAGCUCCAGAGCUGCGCAUGGAUUUUACACAGCACAACUAUAAGUCAGAUGAUGAUGACGACGAUGCCAGUGACACAUCUCCGUCCAAGGAUCCACAACGACUCAAGGCCAUCAAACAACCCACACGCAAUGUCAAGGGGCAACAACAACAACGACAAAAACAAAGUCUCGCGCAGGGGAUGCAAAUCAAUCAAUCCGACAGUCCCUUUUCCAAGAUUUGCUAUUCCGUCCAUCACGAUAUGGAACGAGCCCAAGACAAGGUUCGGGAAUUCAUUAGGCAAAAGGGAAGGGUCAAGAAUCCCUACAAUCCCGACUAUAAAGGGCUGGGCCCCGUGUUGUACAAGAUGUGUUGGCAUUGGCAUCUUCAAGGACAGUGCUAUGCGAACUGUAAAGUACAGAAAGAUCACCGGGAACUGACUCCAGAGGCAGCUCGAAAAAUCGAAGCCGCACUCGAGCCGGCAAUUUCCAUGAAAGGUCCCAUUUUCCUUCCGGCAGCAUUGGAGGAAAUGGCAAAAAAGAAGAAGCAAAAGGCAAAAGCCAGCCCAGAUGGUAGUCGCAAGAGGACUGACAGUGACACGGAACGGGACCACGAGGCCGGAGGAGCUAAUGGCGAGCAAGGAGUUCUUGCCAUGGGGGCCAAUGCUCGGAAAAAACAAAAGCUGGCGACCGAUGUUUCUAAAACUCUCAUGUUGCCAAAACACUUUGGGGAAGUCUUUUACCAGUCGGCGCUUCAUGAAGAAGAAUCCAUUGGUGAGUAUCUGAAAAAGUGUAUUUGGGUCCUAAAAGAGGCCCGCAAAGGCAUCAAGCUGGAACUGAGUGGGUCCAGUAAGGAACAACUGAUUCAGUGCCAAUGGGAAGCCGAGCGGAUCCUCUGUGAGAAGCUGCGCGAUAAAAAUCUUGCGUGCAAGCUCUUGAUGGAUCUGGAACGGCUCAACAAAUGGCGCAACCCAGAUGCUGGCGAUCAAGUGAUGAUCCUAAAGACGCGUCGUCCAAUGGCGAGGUCGCAUGACAAGCUCUGUUGGAUGGCAGAAAUCAAGAUUCAAGAUGACGGCAAUGACAACGGCGGCGGAGAUGAUCAACCAGUAGCGCUCGAGACUGCUCAAAUCGUACACAACACUCUGCAACCACGAUACGGCGACAAAGUCAAGCUAGUCCUGCACAGCCGUUUAGAGGGCAGCUGUUGUAAUUACGAUGUGCCCUCGCAUUUCAUUGUUUGGGGCAAAGACAGGCGUGAUGUGGAUGCAUGCCUCAAAGCCUUCCGUGAAGAAGCAGAACACCAGGAAGACGACCCUUUUGAGUUCUAG